AUGGCAGAGAAUAGCAAAGGUGCUGUGAGUGAGUUGCAAGAGGAUGCAUCCGAGGACGACGGAGGAGGAGUGAAAUCGGAUGUGGAUGCAGCAGCCGAAAGUGUGAUGGAUUCUGAUUCUGAACUGAACAGUCUGAUCAGAAGCUGUAGAAAAGAGUUGAAUAAAGACGAUAAUGAUGGCGGUGGUGAGCAGGCGUCGAGCAAUGCAACCAGUAAAACGAGUAAAACUGAAAAAUCGUCAACAAAUAAGUCGAAGUCGAAGACCAAAAACGAUUAUGGACCCGAAUAUAUGUAUGAAUAUGAUGAAGAAGAUAGUGAUGGUGGAGAACAGUGUGAAGCGAAUGAAGAAAAUAAUACUGCGGAAUCAUCAGAGAAAAGUAACGACGAAACGAAAGACGAACCAGAAAAACUUAGAAGAUCCAAGCGAGGUGGUGGUGGCGGUGGUAGUAUUAGCACUGAACAGCUGAAAAAGGAAUCGAAGAAAGCAAAAUUGCGCAAAGAUUGUGAAGAGGUUAAGGAAGAAAGUAUCGAUGGCAAUGACAAUGACAGUGAAGAGCAUGAUGAAGUGGAUGAGGAGAGUCCGGUUGUUAUUAAACGCUCAAAAAUUGACAAACUGUUGGCGAAAAGACUGGAUUUGAGUGAUUCGGAAGAAGAAGGUGAACGGGAAAUGGAAAAGGACGCAAAUGAACGAUCAGAAAAAGCGACUGGGAAUAAGUCGAAGAAAAAUAAGAAAAAAGAAUACGCGACUCGAUCAACGAUGAGGCAAAAAAGAAAAAAGAAACGUGCUCGUAUCGAAGAGGACGACAGUUCCGACGGUACCGGCCAGGAUGCAAGUGAUAUAGACAGUGAUAUCGUUGAGGUUGAGAGUGCCAGUGAUGAUGAUAAUAAGAACGAUAAAGGUGAUGAAAGCGCUAAGAAACGACGAGGUGCGAAGGCGAUAAUGGGCAAGAAUAAACUAACAAAAGAGACAGUGGACGCAGAAAAAGCCGAACGGGAACGACGAAAGCGAAUUGAGGCGAAACAAAAAGAGUUCAAUGGUAUCGAAUUGGUACAAGGAAGUAGUGCAAAUGAUUUGGCGAGUGCGUUGACGGAAUCCUCAACACAGCCAAUACGUCUGAAGAAUGUAGUGCUGGACAGAGAUGAGCACAGUGACGAGCCGUGUCCAGUGAGUGUGCAUCAGUCGUUGGUGAAGUGCUUGAAGAAACAUCAAGCCGAGGGCAUUCAGUUCCUGUACAAUUGCACAAUUGAAUCGUUGCAACGACUGAACAAAGACGAGGGUGGUGGUGCGAUACUGGCACAUUGUAUGGGAUUGGGAAAGACAUUACAGGUGAUCGCAUUCUUACACACCAUAAUGAUGCAUCCGAAAAUCAGUCAGAAAGUGAAACGGGUGUUGGUUGUGGUGCCGAAGAAUGUUGUGUUGAACUGGUUCAAAGAAUUCGAAAAGUGGCUCGAUAAUGACAAUGUGGAUCGAGACUUGGACACCAUUAAUACGUGGUUUGAAAGUGAUGAACCGAGUGUGAUGAUAAUUGGUUAUGAUAUGUUCCGAAUAUUGACCAGAGAUGAGGAUGACAACAGCAGUAAGAGUAAAAAGAAUGACACGAAACGCAAGCCAUCGAAGCAAGCACGUAGACUGAUGAGACUGCAACCAGAUUUUCGCAAAUUUCUGCAAGAUCCAGGACCCGAUUUGAUCGUGUGCGAUGAGGCACAUAAACUGAAGAAUGACGAAUCGGCGCUGACAAAAACGAUGAAAAAAAUUCAAACGAAACGACGAAUUUGUUUGACUGGAACACCGUUGCAGAACAAUUUAAUGGAAUAUCACUGCAUGGUGAGCUUUGUAAAGCAAGGUUUAUUGGGUACGAAGCAUGAGUUCUCGAAUCGAUUCGCGAAUAUCAUAAAUCGUGGACGAUUGAAGGAUGCGACGGCAGCUGAGCGUGUUGACUAUCGCGUUCUGAUGGACUCGAUUCCACCGAAACAAGAGUACGUGAUAAAUGUGCGUUUAACACCGAAGCAAGUGAAGUUGUAUCGCUGCUUCUUGGAGCGUGUUGGUCAGGAUAGUACGGGUCUGAGCAAGAGACUUUUACCCGAUUAUCACAUCUUGUCGCGGAUAUGGACACAUCCCCAUCAAUUGCUCGCUCAUGAGAUUGUAGUUGAGAGAAAGCGAUUGCUUGAAGACGAUAAAGAGGAUCUGGAGGAAUUUAUUGAUGAUGGUGAGGAGACACCGUCGGUGAUUGAGACGUCUGACGAUGACGUAGUUGCUUUAGAUGAUUUGAACGAAGAGAAUGGUGAUGAUGAUGCCGUUGCGAGUACAUCGAAGCUGAAGAAUUCAGAUGCGAAAGCAACUCGAAAAUCGAAACGUUUGGCUGGCGAAGAAGAUUCGAUGGAUGACUCACCACCAACACCGCCCGAGUUCCGUGGAUGGUACGCGAAAACGGGUUUGGUAUCAGCCGAGGAUGAGAACGACUUCAAUUUGAGCAAUAAACUGCUGUUGCUUGUUGCGAUCAUCAAGAAAUGCGAAGAAAUCGGUGAUAAAUUAAUGAUUAAUUCAUCUGAAAUAGAUCGUUUGUUGCGAGACAUAAUUUUGUCACAUCAAGACGCGAUCGUCAAUUAUUUACAACACGAUUCGUUGUUCGAGGACAUCGAAGAAGAGAAACUUACUGAGCAGGAAUGCCAAGAAGCAUGGGAGGAUUACGAGCGGGAGAAGACGAUGGCAGCACCGAUUCGAGGUGUAUAUCUGCCGUAUGAACAUCAGCUGGCUGCCGAUCAAAAUCAUAUCAUGAUGAUGGCGAAGAAAAUGAAUGAUAAUAAUCAAAUGUUGUAUCGACUUCAAACGGACGAGAUUUUCGUACAGGCGUUUACAGUGACUGGCAUGGAACAGGAUGUUGCCAUGAAACUGGCGUAUAUGAAAAUAAGUCUGGAUAGUCUGUUGCCGCAUAUGCCUGCAGAAACGCGUGGCGCAAUCACUGGAUUUGGUGUGUUCUUCUCGGGUCUUAUUAAAGAGAUCAACCGCGAGAAACAAACACCACGAGAGUUGAUGGAUAGAGCAUUGCGAACGUUCAGACAAGUCGUCGAAUUGACAAGACACAUCCCCGCAUGCCAGCCGCUAUUGAGACAUCUCUACCGCAGCAGCAAUCAAUUCUUUGAUCCGACUCGACCAGCACCUUGA